AUGCCUCAAUUAUCACCGGCUUCAGCGGAGGCAAUCGCACGAUUACGGGCCUACGUGCCACCUCCAACCAGUUAUGAUUCUCUUCCAUUAAGCCGGAGAGCGGCAGUGUUGCUCCUAUUGUAUGCAGACCAGAAUGGGGAUUUGAAAGUGGUUUUAACUAUACGGGCAACAACACUGAGUUCAUUUGCUGGUCAUGCGGCUUUCCCAGGAGGAAAAUCAGACUCACUAGAGGAGACUGCCUUUGAAACAGCCCGACGAGAGGCUGCCGAGGAGAUCGGGCUACCAAAUAUCGGACAGCCAAUAUUUGCCCCAUUCCGGGUUGAACAUAUAUGCGAACUACCCGCAAAUCUGGCCAAGAACGAGCUUGUUGUCCGGCCCUGUGUGGCUUUGUUGCAUUCGUAUGAUGAGAAAACAAGCAAAAAUGCCGACCCAGAGACCACCUUGAUCCCGCAGCUAGAUGCGAAGGAGGUGUCAGCCGUGUUUACCGCGCCGUUUCGUGAUUUCCUAAGAACCAGUAGUGAGCUGAGCCAAGGUGACGAUUGGUACCGUGGAGCCUGGACGUCAUGGCACGAGUCUGACUGGCGAAUGCAUCAAUUCUACGUUCCAGUUUCCAAGAGGAAUGUUACUAAACCCAAAAACACGCGUCGUCGAACUCAAAAUGCGGCUAUCAGUAAGUUGGAAGAACGGCAGAAAUCAGGCGACCUCACCCGCUACAAGGUUUUUGGCAUGACGGCUCGCAUCUUGGUAGACGCGGCUAGAGUUGCGUACAACGAAGAACCAGAAUUUGAACAUAAUAGCCAUUUUGGCGAUGAGGAUAUGAUUGAGAAACUUCGGCGAAUCGGCAGGUUAGACGCUAUCAAAAAACCAGGUGACGAGCUUACUCGCGAGACCAUGCAGAAGGCAGCGAAACUAAGUUAA